AUGUCGUCCCGAAGCAGAGAUACCAAGUACGCCUCUGAGGAAGAGGGCAGCGAGGAGGCGCCUCGCCAGCGCCGCUCACGCAAGGACAAGACCAAGUCGAAGCGCAAGAGCAAGCGCAGCGAAUCUGAGCAAGGCGGCGGCGGUCCCCUUGGUGGACUUGGCGGCCUCGGUGGCCUUGAUGGCGCCGGCGACACAGUAUCGGGCCUCGCCAACGGCGCGACAGGUGCCCUCGGCGGCAUCGCCGGAGGUGCUCUGGGCGGCGGCGGCGGUGGCGGCGGCGACAAGAGCGACACGCUGCGGUUGCGUCUUGAUCUGAACCUCGACAUUGAGAUUACGCUGAAGGCGCGAAUUCACGGUGAUCUGGAGCUUGCUCUCCUGUUUCUUCGCAAAAGGACGGGCUAG